CUCAACAUCACAUUGAUAUUACAUCCAGACCUUCCCAGAAACGCAAAGAGGAAAGCGGUCCUUUUCAGAAAUUCUACAUUUUGGUCCUUCACUUUUGCAGAUCUUUCCAAAGUCCGACUCGAACUUCCUCCAUCUCCCAGGAAUCGUUAUCUCGCACCUCCAGCCUCCUCGCUCUCUACGAUGGCGUCCAGGAAGAAGGUCUUGCUCAAGGUCAUCAUCUUGGGCGAUAGCGGUGUCGGUAAAACGAGCUUGAUGAACCAAUAUGUCAACAAAAAAUUCAGUGCGAGCUACAAAGCUACAAUAGGUGCGGAUUUCUUGACGAAGGAGGUACUGGUCGAUGAUCGUUUAGUGACAAUGCAGCUUUGGGACACCGCGGGGCAGGAAAGAUUUCAAUCGUUAGGAGUUGCAUUUUACAGAGGGGCUGACUGCUGCGUACUUGUCUACGACGUCAACAAUUCUAAGAGCUUCGAUACACUCGAUAGCUGGAGGGACGAGUUUCUGAUUCAAGCCUCACCCAGAGAUCCGGACAGCUUUCCAUUCGUCGUGCUAGGCAACAAGAUUGAUGUCGAGGAGAACAAGAGAGUGAUCUCCUCGAAACGCGCCAUGACUUUUUGCCAAUCAAAGGGCGGGAUCCCGUAUUUCGAGACCAGCGCCAAGGAAGCUAUCAAUGUCGAGCAAGCAUUCGAAGUCAUUGCAAGAAACGCUUUAGCCCAGGAAGAAUCAGAAGAGUUCAGUGGUGACUUCUCGGAUCCCAUCAAUAUCCAUAUCGAGAACGAUAGAGAUGGGUGCGCAUGUUAGACCUUGCAGACUUGCGGUUACUGCACUGCAUUGGGAAAUCCUCGUUCGACCAUUUUCAUGAUAGUCCUUUUCUUUACCCCAGAUCAGCUUGCAUACAGCUAGCGUGAUGGGAGGGGUAGUCGGUGUACAUAAAGAUCAUUCACGGCGCUUUGGUGUCUGUGUUUCCUCGUCCAAGCAGAAUGCAUAAUAUUCGAACAUAAAGACCUG